CCGCUUUCGUCACUUCCGGGUGAGACAGCCCGCUUCUGUCUGGCUGGGUGCUGUACGUGUUCAGUUCCCCCUUACUACAUCUGUCUCCACAACUGCCUCUUCCCUGUUCCCAGCGGGAGGGACAUGAGUGAUCCUGGGCCACCGUCCCCAGACGGGGUCCUGGCAGGGCCACCCGACGGCAUGGAGGACGGGGAGCCGACGUCGGGUUUCAGUGACACUUCUCCAGAUGAAGGGUUAAUAGAGGACAUGAUGGUAGAAGACAAAGCUGUGGAGCAACUGGCAGAAGGAUUACUUUCUCACUACCUGCCAGAUCUGCAGAGGUCAAAACAAGCCCUCCAGGAACUCACACAAAACCAAGUUGUAUUAUUAGACACACUGGAGCAAGAGAUUUCAAAAUUUAAGGAAUGUCAUUCUAUGUUGGAUAUUAAUGCUCUGUUCACUGAAGCUAAACACUAUCAUGCCAAAUUGGUGAAUAUAAGAAAAGAGAUGCUGAUGCUUCAUGAAAAGACAUCAAAGUUAAAGAAAAGAGCACUUAAACUUCAGCAGAAGAGGCAAAAAGAAGAGUUGGAAAGGGAGCAGCAACGAGAGAAGGAAUUUGAAAGAGAAAAGCAAUUAACUGCCAAACCAGCUAAGAGGACAUGAAAAGUUGAAUGUGUUUGUGUUCUUCCUUCCCCAUCCCAUAUUCUUUGUAUUUAAGAUGACCUAAGUGUAGAUUGAAGUUAUGGUAGUGCCUUAUCAGAUUGUGUCACAUUUUGAAAUCCUCUCCCUGGUGGUGCUGUCUCUUUAUCUUCAUUUCAGCCAUUAAAAGAAAAAGGUUCUUUUCUUUUUGGAUAUUUAUAUGUAAUUUUUUAACUUCUGUUUUGCUUAAUUUUAAAAUUCAUUAUUUUGGCCUUGAAUAAUUUAUAAGGAAAAUGGUUUGGCCAUUUUAACAGUCUAGACUCUUAGUGGUUAAAAAUUAGUCUGAAUUUUUUAGCUUCUUAAUAUAUGUGGAUUUAAAAGUUUCAGUUUCUGACUUAUGGAACGACUUCCCUUUUUGGUAGUACAAUGCUUGUUUUUGGCAGUUGCCUUUUCAUUGCUUGGUUAAGAAGAAAUACCAACUGUUUAAUUACAUAUGUCCCUGGAAAGAAGGUAGUAUAAGCCUUUGUGAAGAACGUGAUAGAAAAGUGUGCACACAGGAAAUAAUAGCAUCUUAGACAUAGGAUAGGUGAGUAAGAUGCCAGAUAGAUUCCACUAACCAUGUACCCUGUCUGCUUCCUAGCUUUGCUGUUGCUGUUCAGUUCUUAUGUGUUUCUGGGUUCCAAGUAGAUUAUAUCUAUGUCUAAAGUUCGUUGGAGGUGGUAGAGCUCUCAUAUACUCAUAUAUGCUUAAAUAUUUAUAAUACUUAGUAAGAGUUGUGACACACUGAGAUGCCGUUGUCUAAGACACAGAUAAGAUAAUGACUCCAGCUUCCCAAAUGGAAGGUCUGGUCACUAAUUCUAUCUAUUCUCUGAUUUUCUGUUUGGCCUUGCAUGUCAUUACUUUUUCUGUGGUCUUAAAACAUUCUUAAAGUAGAAUGAUACAUACUAAUUACUUGUUUAAUAGACGAUGACAAGAAUCAUGAAAAGUUAGGGAAUAGCUUCUUCACAACACUUCAGCAUGAUACCUGUAGUGUUUUCUAGGCCCUCUGCCUCUGCCCCCAGUAUUAGAGGUAGAAACUUAUGUGAGGGAAAUAUUAUGAUGCUUUGUUGUUUAAAAUUGAGAGUAUAUUAUUGACUGUUUUAGUAUAAUUUAAUAUCCAAGUGGUCUCCAAUCUCUAUUACAUAGAGUCUGUACAGAACCUGUAAAGGUGUGUGAUUAGAAUGUGUAUCUUUUGUAAUCUAUGUGACAUUUUUGGUAAGCUGGAAUCACUACCUCUGAUCAUGUGUGAGGCUCGUGAUGGAGAAGGCAUUCGAGUUGAGUGCUAAGAACUGGCCUGUUUAAAGGUUUAGAUAGCUUAAAAGUCUUUCCCUUCUUUAAUGAAUGAAUUGUGAUCUCACAAUUCGCUUGACUUUGACCUUACAUUUAGGAAUAUAAAUAUUUUUUAUUUGAAAGGCUACACAUCGCCCUCAAACACUAGCUAAAACUACCUAGGGCAGGUUUUAUUAGCACAUGUAGGACAAUGUCACCUAAAUUGCUGAAUGUACUCAUUUGUAACCUGACACAGGCUGCCCAUUGUUUCUCAGAGUGGUUUGUGGACCUGCUGCAGUGAUUAGUGACAAUGCUGGUUCCUGAACACCACUCUCAAUCUACUGAAACAAAUCUGUUUGUUUUCUAUUACGCUUUUUUUUUUUAAGUUUCCCCAAGUGAUUCUGAUGUGCCUUAAAAGUUGAGAACUACUGAUGUAGGGGUCUAGGUGAGAUGUUCUCACACUAGGCUGUGUCAUUAUGACCUGGGAACUUUAAAAGGAACCAGACAUGCUGGAAGAUUCUGUUCUUCCAGACAAGUGGAAGAACACUUACAGGUAGGGCCUGUGCAUAUUUUAAAGAGCAUCUCAGAUAAUUCUGAUGCAAGGAACCACUGAUCUGGACUAUCUAGUAGUUCAUAUUUAUAAGGAAUGAAAUAGUUUAGAAGCUAUUCAGUAACUCAAGGGAUUAAACCUAUGAAAUUCUGAAGUGCUGCUUUUGAUACAUAGUCAGAUUUAAGACUGAAACAGAUAACAGGCAGGAAAUAGAUACAGAAUUCUGGAUAAUUAACUGAACUUUUGUGAUCUGUAUUAUUUAGAUCAUGUUUAUUGAAUGAAUGGCAAGGUCCAUGUACUUUGAGAAUUGUAUUUAAGUUUUAAAGAUUCUUUAAACUGUCAAAAAUACAUAUUAGUAUCUAUUUUCAGGUUAAUUGUAAAUUAGAAGUACUGUUACCCUGGUAAUUAAAUCUAAAACUUCAACUGUAUUUCAGAGGCAUAAAAACAUACCUUACUGUCUAUACCUGAAUGGAACCCUUGUAAUUAGUCUUGUGUUUUUGUAUAAAAUAAUGAAUUGGCAUUUUGGUUGAAAAAUGUUUCUUUUGUUUUUUUGGUUGAAAAAAUUGCCUUUGUUUUGAAACUAUAUCUCAUAUGUGCUGAACUAAAAUGAUGGGAGUUAAUUUUGUACUUUACUUUGCAGUAAGGUGUCAUGUAAAUAUGCAGGCAUUGAAUGUAAUAUGGAUUGUGAUGGAUACAGUCUAUAAAUAUGCCAGUUAUAUACCGUCAUACGAUUAUCUGGUUUUGAGCUUGUAGAACGAGGGCUACUUUUUACACAUUUAAUUAAAAAAGGUUCCUGAAUUAA